AUGAUUACCCUUCGCAAAGCAGUCGUCAUCCUCCCUCUGGCUUCCAUGGUCACGGCCCUGCCUCUGCAGACUCGCGAGAUUUCUCUCAUGGAGCCAACGCCGGACUUGAUGCAGCAGUCGGAAUCCGUCGAGGUCCCGGGUGCUCUGACCGAAACCCCCCUAUCAGUCCCGGGCACUCAGCAGGUUGAAGGGCAGACAACCCCGGGGGCGGCUCAGGGUGAUUCUUCGCUUGGCCUUCUCCCGGCCGGUAGCCCGCAGGGCCAGGCAGGCGUGGGUGCGUCGCCCGCCACCACCACCACCCCUGCCGUGGACACAACUUCUGCUGCCCCGAACCCCGACACUCCUCCGCUCGAUGCCACUGCUUCUGUCCCGAACCCAUCCGGCGCCGCGAACGCGCCCGGCGGCACCCCUCCUGUCGAUGCCACCGCCCCUGCCACGAACCCAGCCAGCCUCGGCGGGGCGCCUGCCGCCAACGCCACCGCCACCGCCGUCACGCCCUCUCCCGGCUCGCAAAGUGCCCCGCCCGGCGCUACAGACGGCGCCGACAAGCCAGAGACCAAGCCGACUCCCUCACCCACCGAGAAUCCCGGCAGUCCGGAGACGAAGCCGACGACAACUACUCCGCCGCCGGCCCAGUCCAGCGGUGGUAUUGUGGACACCAUUAAGGGAGGAGCAAAGAAGGCAGGAAGUGUGGUGGUGGGCUUGGCGAGCAAGCUGAACCCAUUCUCGUAG